ACGAACAGCACAAAGCACCAUGACUGCACCCAGCAACACCUACGAUGUGAUAGUGGUCGGAGGAGGCAUCUCAGGUUUGAGUGCAGCAAAGUUGUUGAAAACCAGUGGGCUGAAUCCUGUUGUCUUGGAGGCCAGAGAUCGAGUCGGCGGUCGCACCUUCACUGUGCGGAAUAAGGAGACAAAAUGGGUGGAUCUGGGCGGAGCGUACAUCGGACCAACACAGAACCGCAUCCUCCGGUUGGCCAAAGAGUACGGCAUACAGACCUACAAAGUCAACGAGCAGGAGAGCCUGCUGCAUUACGUCAAUGGAAGGUCUUACCCUUUCCACGACUCCUACCCUCCCAUGUGGAACCCCAUCGUCAUGAUGGACUUCAACAACCUCUUCAGGACAAUGGAUGAGAUGGGCCAGGAGAUUCCCAAAGAGGCUCCUUGGAGAGCUCCUCACGCUGAGGAGUGGGACAAGAUGAGCAUGCAGCAACUCUUUGAUAAAGUCUGCUGGACCAGGACUGUUCGUCACUUCGCCACCCUGUUUGUCAACGUGAACGUGACCUCUGAACCCCACGAGGUUUCGGCCCUGUGGUUCCUCUGGUAUGUGAAACAGUGCGGAGGAACCAUGAGGAUCUUCUCCACCACUAAUGGAGGGCAGGAGAGGAAGUUUGCAGGAGGCGCCAGUCAGAUCAGUGAAGGGAUGGCCAAGGAGUUGGGCGACCGAGUGAAGCUGCAGUCUCCAGUUUAUAGGAUCGACCAGAGCGGCGACAUGGUGGUGGUGGAGACGCUGGACAAACAGACCUAUGUUGCCAAGUAUGUUAUUGUGGCCACUCCUCCCGGUCUGAACAUGAAGAUGCACUUCAACCCCGAGCUGCCACCAUUGAGGAACCAGCUGAUCCAACGCGUCCCCAUGGGCUCCGUCAUCAAGUGCAUGGUCUACUACAAGAAGAACUUUUGGAGGGAAAAGGGUUACUGCGGCAGUAUGGUGAUCGAGGAGGAGGGCGCUCCCAUUGGCCUGACGCUGGAUGACACGAAGCCUGACGGGACUGUACCUGCUAUUAUGGGAUUCAUCCUUGCCCGCAAGUGCAGAAAGUUAACCAGCCUGUCCAAAGAAGAGAGGUUGAAGAGGAUCUGUGAGAUUUACUCCAAAGUUCUGGGCUCAGAGGAGGCGCUCCAUCCGGUGCACUAUGAGGAGAAGAACUGGUGUGAAGAGGAGUACUCUGGGGGCUGCUACACAGCCUAUUACCCCCCAGGAAUCCUCACUCAGUACGGCAGAGUGCUGAGGGAGCCGGUGGGCAGGUUGUACUUCGCCGGCACAGAGACGGCCACAGAAUGGAGCGGCUACAUGGAGGGAGCAGUACAAGCCGGAGAAAGAGCCGCCAGAGAGGUCUUGUGUGCGCUGGGUAAAAUCCACCAGAGUCAGAUAUGGCAGACGGAGCCUGAGUCCAAGGAAGUCCCAGCGCUGCCCUUCAUCACCUCCUUCUGGGAGAGAAACCUGCCUUCAGUCGGAGGUUUCCUCAGGUUCAUGGGCGUCUCCACCGUCCUGUCUGCUGCCACCGCCGCCGCCCUGCUGGCCUACAAGAAGGGCCUCCUGCCCAGGAGCUAAAGCUGCCGUCACCUCACUCCUCCGCAUCUCAGCAGACUCUGUACUUGUAGUGCGCUGCUUGAAGGCCCACACAGGGUAUAAGAUGUUUUCUGAGAAAAGACUGUUCAGUUCAUGCAAAAACACUAACACACUGUCACUUUGUGCACAUAAAACAAAGGAAAAGAGGGAGCAGCAAUGGGCUGAUCACAAGUUUAGAAAUGCAGGUCUGAGAGGAGUGAUGACGAUAAAUCUACAAUAAAUCUGAGACGCAGAUUGUGAAACCAAUCAAGGGAAAAAAAUCAAUUGGAAAUAUAUCCUAUCUGUCACUAUAACUGUUCCAUACACUGCCAAUGACACUCACACUCUUGAUAACUGGGGAAAUUACCAACCUGUCAUGCUUAUUGUGUGUCUGCAUGCAUGCGCUGUGGUAAGCAUGCAUUUGUGAGCGUGUGUCGUGUACAAAGAGUGUGUGUUUAUGUGUGGGUGUGUAUGUGUGUGUCUGUGCGUUUCCACUGUGUCUAAUUACCUCUGCUAAUUUUAGGUGCUGAUUUAUUCUGAAGAAAAGGUUCAGUUGCAUCAGAGGAGAGCUGAAGCUUGUGCCGUUGAACUUUGUUCUGUCAUUUUGUCAACAAAUCCCAUGAAGAAACACAAAAACCCUCUGCUUUGAUUGAGUGUUGUAGCCAGAAGAAGCUUGUUGUUCAAAAACACACAUCAGUGAUUCACAUCUUUGCACAGGAUGACAUGAAAUCUUGUUUGCUUUCAUUAAAUUCCACAUAUACUGUCUUGUAAAUUUCGA